UGGAUCGGUGGAAGUCGGAAAGUUUGAGGACGCAGUGGAAUUUAGCAUGUAGCCCCUGGAUCCAGACGGAUCGGAUCGCCGGAUGAUUUUGGCUGAUCUGUUUGAGGGGUAAAGCCGUGACCGGUCAGUAGCAUCAUGGCGAGUCCGGAGAUAAACACCAAGAACAAAUGGUCCAACACUGAUGAGAGUCUGUGUUGUUUAACUGAAGAUCAGCUGGACUCCAUCAGAAACAACAGCGAUGAGCGUGAGUUUUUCGUGGUGCAUCACCUGAAUGAUCUAAAGGAGAAAGCAGUACCACCACUGCUGAAUAACACACCCAUCACCUGCAGAGUGGAAAACACUGAGAGAUACACAACUCGCUCCAAGGUGCGCGUGUGCUCUCUCUAUACGGUGCGUCUGACUCACGGCGAGUUCACCUGGACCAUAAAGAGGAAGUACAAACAUUUCCACGAGCUGCACCGAGACCUGUACACACACAAGAAGAUGCUGCAGUUCCUGCCGCUCGGGAGGUUUGCCAUCCAGAGGCAGCAGCUGGAGAGCAUGACUGAGGAGAUGCCCUCUCUACACGGCACCGAGAGGAUGGGCAGGACGUCCAGCAAACCGAAGUACCUGGAGGAGUACCUGAACACUUUGCUGGAGAACGUUUUCUGCAGAAACUACAUGGUGGAGUUCCUCGCCAUCAGUCCUCUCUCCUUCAUCAGAGAUCUCGGACCCAAAGGCCUGGAGGGUUUUAUACUGAAGAGGUCAGGAGGUCACAGGAUCCAGGGGCUGAACUGUUUCGGGCAUCAUCAGAUCUGUUUCCGUUGGUCUCAACGCUGGCUGGUGGUCAAGGACUCGUUCCUGCUCUACAUGUCCAGGGAUCCAGGCCUGGUAUCGUUCGUACUGCUGUUCGACCCCGAGCUGAAAGUCCUGGUGGGCAAUUCGUACACCGGCACCAAACACGGAGUGUGUAUCGAAAACUACAGCAGGAAGUUGAUCAUUAAGUGCAACAGCUACAGACAGGCUCAGUGGUGGAGUCACGAGAUCAAGCGUCUCUCCGAGCGCUGUGAUUUCCUCCAGACGCACCGCUUCGACGGUUUCGCCCCUCCCAGACCGAACACCCUCACCAAAUGGUACGUGAACGGGAGCGGAUAUUUCUCUGACCUGGCAGAUGCACUGGAGAAGGCCAAGGAGGAGAUCUUCAUCACAGACUGGUGGUUGAGUCCUGAAGUGUAUCUGAAGCGCCCGGCGAGAGGAACGUACUGGCGCCUGGAUCAGAUCCUCAAACGUAAAGCAGAACAGGGUGUGAAGGUGUGUGUGCUGCUGUAUAAAGAGUUGGAGUUCGCUCUGGGUAUCAGCAGCGACUACAGUAAGAAAACCCUGAUGAACCUGCACCCAAAUAUCAAGGUGAUGCGCCACCCCGACCACGUGGCCUCUGUGGUGUUCUUGUGGGCCCACCAUGAGAAGAUGGUGGCCAUCGACCAAUCGGUGGCCUUCAUGGGUGGACUGGACCUCGCCUUCGGGAGAUGGGACGACAGCAAUUACAGGCUGGUCGAUGUGACGCCGUCACGAACAGCCAAUCACCAGACUCCUCCAGCACCAGAGCCUGAAGGAGAGGAUGCUGCCACCGCCCCCCUCGCUGAUGGAGAGGACGUAAACGCCGCUGUCGGCUGCGACGAGGUGGAUCUGAGUUGGAACGAUUUGUUAUGGCUGGGCAAAGACUACAGCAACUUCAUCAAGAAAGACUGGACUCAGCUGGACCAGCCUUUCCAAGAUAAUGUGGACCGGACGCAGGUGCCCCGGAUCCCUUGGCGAGACCUCGGAUCGGUGGUCCACGGGAAGGCAGCCAGGGACCUGGCACGGCACUUCAUCCAGCGCUGGAACUUCACCAAGAGCUUUAAGAACAAGUAUAAACCCAAGUUUUAUCCGUACCUGCUGCCGAAGAGUAAUUCCACUGCUGAUGGGCUCCCGUUCACCGUGCCCGGUUCAGCCAAAGCAUCAGUACAAGUUCUUCGCUCGGUGGAUCGCUGGUCAGCCGGCACCACUGAGAGCUCCAUCCACAAAGCCUACGUCCACACCAUCGAGACCAGCCAACACUACAUUUACAUCGAGAACCAGUUCUUCAUAAGCUGUGCUGAAGGCGUUCAGAACGGCAUCGGAGACGCCAUCGUGAAGAGGAUCCUGCGGGCACACAGUGAGAAACAGAAGUACAGAGUGUUUGUGGUGAUUCCUCUGCUGCCCGGCUUCGAGGGAAACAUCAGUGAGGGAGGCGGUAACGCCAUUCAGGCCAUACUGCACUUUACCUACAGGACAAUCAACUGCGGCAGGAGCUCCGUCCUGUCCAGGCUGAAGGAACAGAUGCAGGACGACUGGACGCGGUACAUCUCUCUGUGCGGCGUGCGGAAACACUCGGAACUGGCCGGCGCGCCCAUCUCGGAGCUCAUCUACGUCCAUAGCAAGGCUCUGAUAGCCGACGACCGGCGCUACAUCAUCGGUUCGGCCAACAUUAAUGACAGGAGCAUGAUGGGAUAUCGGGACAGCGAGCUGGCAGUGCUGGUGGAGGACGAGGAGAGGGUUCCCUCCCGGAUGAAUGGAGAGGAGUACGAAGCCGGACCCCUCGCGCUCGCCCUGCGCAAGGAGUGUUUCAGGGUUUUGUUAGGGGCUGAUUCAGACCCCACAAUCGACAUCGACGAUCCAAUCAGUGAUGAGUUCUUUAACGAGGUGUGGAACAAGACUGCCAAAUCAAACUCUUCCAUUUAUGAUAAGGUGUUCCGGUGCCUUCCGUCCGACUCCAUCCGAAACCUGCGCGAGCUCCAGGAGCACGUCACCGCGGCCGCCCCGGCCCAGAGCGACCCGGAGAAAGCCGUCGCCGAGCUGGGCGCCGUGCGAGGCAUCCUGGUCCACUUUCCCCUGCACUUCCUGUGCGAGGAGAACCUGCUGCCACCGGCCGGCAGCAAAGAGAGGAUGGUUCCUCUGGACGUAUGGACUUAGCCGACUACCACGGAGCCAGAGUAAUCAGGAAGCGUGUGCACUCAGAUCGGUGCUUCCUGGUGGUUGAACGUGUGGGUACAGAGACGUCAGCGCUCAGGAAGAGCCAGGCAGCUGUAGAACUGUAAAAUGGCGGAGUGUGUGUGUGUGUGUGUGUGUGUGUGUGUGUACAGGCGAGCAAUACGACGAUGGAACGAACAGGACAGAACAGAACGUACACUUAUUGUUGUAGUGCUGUGUAGGAGGACAGCGCCACCCUCUCCGCCUAUAUCUCAUACCCGUCUCUCUCUCGGCUGGUUCGCUCCUCAUGGUGCGCCGGCGGCGGAUCUGUCCGAACAUUUGUGGUUGUUAUGGUGACAGGUAUAAAAAGCUGAAAGAGGGAUGCGAGGAUGGUGGGGGCGCGCAGUGUAUGAAUAUAUGAAUGUAAGAAAUGGAGGACUGGGCUGAAUGAGUGAACGGCUGAGUCAGUUGCACCGAAUGCACCAUUUGUUUUUUAUUUUUUGGAGGGGGAACGGGGGGGGGUGCGCAGCAAAAGUAGAGACGUUCCACUGAUACACAAGCCCUGCAAUAAUCAUCACACCCCUCCCCUCGUGCACCACAGUUAUAUAAUACUGUAAUCGACAUCCGGUAUUCGUUUCUUCCUUUAUUUUUUGCGUUUCUUGUGGGGUGGGGGGGUCUUUAUGAAGGUGAGGAAAUGUUUCGGAAAUAAAAGUGCAUCGAAUCAAACCAGUGCCUCAGUUCUCAACCUGCAUUUAAGGACACAAUCAAACAGCUUGUAUAAUAUUCAGGGUUUUUUUUUUUACUGUAUAGACUGUACUGUACUGUACUGUACUGUACUGUCAUUAUUGGGGUUUUGUUAGAGGCUGAUUCAGACCCCACAAUCGACAUCGACAAUCCAAUAAGUGAUGAGUUCUUUAAAGAUGAUCAGCCUUAACAUUAAAACCACCUCCUUGUUUCUACACUCACUAUUUUAUCAGCUCCACUUACCAUAUAGAAGCACUUUGUAGUUCUACAAUUACUGACUGUAGUCCAUCUGUUUCUCUGCAUGCUUUGUUACCCUCCUUUCACCCUGUUCUUCAAUGGUCAGGAGCCCCACAGGACCACCACAGAGCAGGUAUUAUUUAGGUGGUGGAUCAUUCUCAGCACUGCAGUGACACUGGCAUGGUGGUGGUGUGUUAGUGUGUGUUGUGCUGGUAUGAGUGGAUCGGACACAGCAGCGCUGCUGGAGUUUUUAAAUACCGUGUCCACUGACUGUCCACUCUAUUAGACACUCCUACCUAGUUGGUCCACCUUGUAGAUGUCAUCUUCUAGACCUUCAUCAGUGGGCACAGGACGCUGCCCACGGGGCGCUGUUGGACGGAUGUUUUUGGUUGGUGGACUAUUCUCAGUCCAGCAGUGACAGUGAGGUGUUUAAAAACUCCAGCAGCGCUGCUGUGUCUGAUCCACUCAAAUCUUUGGUGGUAAGUGGAGCUGAUAAAAUGGACAGUGAGAGUAGAAACAAAGAGGUGGUUUUAAUGUUAUGGCUGAUCGUUGUACUACCAUACUAAAUAGUACGGUCAGGUGGUGUGUGGGCUAUUACGCCAGCCAGUUCACUACUACCAGUAUCUAAAAUUUCUAGGUCCGGAUUUUAAAAGCAUCGAUGUACUGAAUUCAGUCACUUAACAGGAAUGUUUUGCCUCUCUACUCAUCCUCCUCACUACAUGCGUGCAUGCUCUUACAGCCAGGGUCAUUAGAGUUUUAAUGGUUUGUAAUGAUUGUUUUUUAGCCAUUAGCUGAUUUAAAAACAUAAACACACAUCUUUGUUAUUGUAUUUAAAUACUUUCUAAGGAAUUUGGGCAUUUUUACCACAUGUUUAUACCCCUGCUAUUUAUGGAGGUGCUGUUUAGGGGGGUUGUUUCGGUUGUAGAGUCAGUUAUGGAGUUCUGCUACAUUCCAGCUGUAUUAGGCACGUCUGACACUGAAUUUCCAUUUGCUUUUGUUUUUUAACAAUCAUUUAUUAUUAUUCCUGGUGAUCAAAUAAUCUGUACUGAUUUAUUAUGAAUAUAAGUGCAAUGUUAUUGUAAUCUACCUGAUCAAUCAUAAUCUGUACAUGUUUUUAAUGAACUAACACUUUACGGUUGUAUAUUUUUGUAUAAUCGGUUCUUUUUCUAAUAGUAGGUGUAUUGUACUUGUGUAAAACCAGUCAUUUUUUGAUUUAGGAUCGACUGCCAGGACAUUAAUGCUCACCUACACUAUAUGGAAAGUAUUAGGACAUCGUUCUAAUUAUAUAAUUCAUGUGUUCCAGCCACAAUAGUUGCUAACAGGUGUAAUAAAUCAGUUAUAUAACGGUAAUUACAUGCUUUCAACGUUGUACAAAGCGAGGUCUAUAAAGACAUGCGCAGAACCCUGACCUCAGCCCUACUUUUGACUAAAUUAGCACAAAUUCCCACAGACAUGAUUCAUU